UUUCUGGUUAACAUUGUGUUCUGUGGUUAACAUACAAGUUUUUUCAAAUGAGAAAUAAAAUAUUUGAAUAAACUGCAUCAAUAAUUCUUUUAAUCACUGAACCGAAAUAUUUAAUUCGUGAUCAGAAUAGCAAAACGAUGUUUACACGCUCAUUCAUACUUUCUAGAACUUUGAUCUCCAAUGCAAAGAAACAUCAUGUGGAGUCCACACAUAUAUAUAGAAGGUUCCGAUCUUCAACCCCCAUAAAUACUGUCGUAAUGUUUGUUCCUCAACAAGAAGCAUGGGUUGUAGAAAGAAUGGGAAAAUUCUAUAGGGUAUUAGAACCAGGAUUAAAUGUACUAAUUCCUAUCGUUGAUAGAGUUAAAUAUGUUCAGAGUCUUAAAGAAAUUGCAGUGGAUAUUCCUAAACAGAGUGCCAUAACUGCUGAUAAUGUAAAUUUAAACAUUGAUGGAGUUUUAUAUCUGAGAAUAAUAGACCCUUAUUUAACCAGUUAUGGUGUUGAAGAUCCAGAGUUUGCGAUAACUCAAUUGGCACAGACUACAAUGAGAUCUGAACUUGGAAAGAUUUCCUUAGAUAAAGUUUUCAGAGAAAGGGAAAAUUUGAAUGUGUCUAUUGUAGAUUCAAUAAAUAAAGCUAGUGAGGCCUGGGGCAUGCAAUGCUUGAGAUAUGAAAUAAGGGAUAUUAAAUUGCCUCAAAGAGUUCAAGAAGCAAUGCAAAUGCAGGUAGAAGCGGAAAGGAAGAAAAGAGCUGCAAUUUUAGAAUCUGAAGGAGUAAGAGAAGCAGAUAUAAAUGUUGCUGAAGGUAAAAGGAGAGCUAGAAUUUUGGCUUCGGAGGCUGAACGACAAGAACAGAUCAACAAAGCUUCUGGUGAGGCAACAGCCAUACAAGCUGUGGCUGAAGCAAGAGCUAUAGCUUUGAGAGUUGUUGCCAAAGCUUUAGAAGAAGAUUUGGGUCCGAAUGCAGCAUCUUUAACAAUAGCUGAGCAAUAUGUGGCAGCAUUUAAUAAGUUAGCAAAAUCAUCAAACACUUUAAUUCUUCCAUCAAAUGUCGGAGAUGUUUCAAGUUUAGUUACUCAGGCCAUGUCUACUUAUUCCACAAUCUGUAAAACUCAGGCUUCUACAUCUGGAAUGGAUAAGAGACAGCGUGAAAAAUCUCCUUCUAAAGACGAUCUAUUACCUGAAUAUUUCAGUGAUGAAGAAGAAGCUAAAAAUUAUAAAGUGAAUGAAACAAUUCAAACAAUAAAAAAAUAAAUAUUUUCUGUUG